ACAAAAUGUGGAAGCGGGUGUGUUUAAUGUAUAGGAGAGGGUCAGGGGGCUUGUACGUGUGUCUUUUGAUGGUCUGAAGGCGACUCCCCCUCCUCUUCCUCCUCCUCCUCCUCCUCCUCCGCUCGCACAAAUUUAUAAAGAACAAAAAUCGCGCUGGGGAGGGGGUUGAUACGCUGAAGCUGAAAUCGAGAGGCGAACCCAGGAAAGAGGAGUAUUUUGUACACGGGACUUUCCCCUCCUUCGUCCCUAAAAGGAGGGGGAAAAGUCGGAUUUUUAAGGCGACGAAAAAGACGAGGAUUACUAAUAGGCGAUAACGCCUAUUUUUGUGGAUAUAUAUUUUUUAAUUCGUAAAAAUAUGGCCGAGAACGUUCUGGAGUCUGGCCCGCCUUCAGCCAAGAGGCCUAAACUAUCCUCUCCGGCACUUUCUGUCUCCGCUAGCGAUGGAAAUGACUUCGGUUCACUCUUUGACCUGGAGCAUGAUCUGCCGGAUGAGCUUAUCAACUCCUCUGAGCUAGGUGUGUCAAAUGGUGGAGACCUUGGGCAGCUCCACACCAGUCUGGGUGGAGGUGGAGCAGCAGUCAGUGGACUUGGAGGGGUUAGCAAUGCUGGCCAAGAUGCAGCUGCUAAACAUAAACAACUCUCUGAGCUGCUCCGAUCAGGAGCACCACCUAUAGCAGUGCAACAGCAGCAAGGAGGAAGUCCAGCUGGGGCAUCUAUGGGGCUUAUGGGCAGCAUGAAGGUAUCUCCAGGUCCCCAGAACAUGGUGCCUCAGGGGCAGCAGCACAUGUCCCCUCAGCAACAGAUGUCAGGGAUGGUUGCUGGCAUGAAUAGAACUAUGCUUGUACCUCAGAAAGGUAAUGGUCAGCAGACUGGGGCCCCUACACCUCAACAACAAGGCAUGAUGGGAGGACAAAUGAUGAAUGGGACUCCCAGAAUGGGCUACCCCAAUCCAAGCAUGGGCAGUAACAGUAACCUUCUGGCAGAGACUCUUCAACAGCAGGCAGCAGGGGCCCAAGGUGGACUGAGAGCACAGCAGCCUGGAACAUUAAACAAGAUGGGAAUGAUGGGCGGUGCAAACACCUAUGGAGGCCCUUAUAAUCCAAAUGCAGGUCAGAAUCUGAGUGGUGGAGGGCUUGCACCACAACUCAUGAACAAACCAGCUUUACCUAACAGCUUGGCCCAAUUCAACAUGGACAAAAAAACUCAGCACAUGCCAGGCAUGCCAUCUAUGGCUGGACAGCAGUCAACAGCUGGUGGUGCUGGAGGGGCAGCAGGGAUGGUACCCAAUUCACAGGGAGGGCUUGGUUCAUCACCAGCCGCAUCAGUAGGAGCAGGAGUUCCUCCAACUGCGGAUCCAGAAAAGCGCAAACUCAUACAACAGCAGCUGGUUCUCCUGCUUCAUGCCCACAAAUGCCAGCGGAGGGAGCAGGCUAAUGGGGAGAUUCGCCAGUGUAAUCUGCCACACUGCCGCACUAUGAAGAACGUCCUCAACCACAUGACUCACUGCCAGGCUGGCAAAUCCUGCCAGGUGGCACACUGUGCCUCAUCGCGACAGAUAAUCUCACAUUGGAAGAACUGUACGCGGCAUGACUGCCCUGUUUGUUUGCCACUGAAGAAUGCAGGCGAUAAGCGGAAUCAACAGUCCCUACUAAACACCAGUAAUGUGGGUUUAGGCACUGCAUUGGGUACUGCACCAGGUGGCCCACACAAUGCUCCCAAUCUUAACACUCCAGGUCAGAUAGACCCCAGCUCCAUUGAGAGAGCGUAUGCAGCUCUGGGACUCACUUACCAGGGUAACCAGGCAUCUGCUCAGCCUGCCCAACAAACACCUAGGCCACUUGGCACUAUGGGUGGGAACCCAAUGAGUGUGAAUGGGGCUGUUGGUGUCCAACCACAGAGUCAACCAUCUAACCUUCUUCAAGAUCCUAUGCUGCAUGUCAACUUAAAUGCUCAAAAUCUGUUGAAUGAUGGUAGUGGUGUGGGCAAUAUGGGCUCUAUGCCUGUGGCCACUCCAGCUGCUGCUGCUGGCAUGAGAAAGAGCUGGCAUGAAGAUAUCACCCAGGACCUACGGAACCAUCUUGUUCACAAACUUGUCCAGGCCAUUUUUCCUACCCCAGAUCCAGCUGCACUGAAGGACCGGCGUAUGGAGAAUCUAGUGGCAUAUGCUCGUAAAGUAGAGGGGGACAUGUAUGAAUCUGCAAACAGCAGGGCAGAGUACUACCACUUGCUGGCAGAGAAGAUCUACAAGAUACAGAAGGAGCUGGAGGAGAAGCGUCGCAUGAGGUUGCAGAAACAGGGCAUGAUGCCCACUCAGCCCGGAAUGCCUCCUACUGGGAUGCCGCAAGGACCGCCUGGCAUGGGGCAGCAAGGGCCACCAACAGGACUUCCGCCAAUUUUCUCUGCAGAUGGGCCUCUAUCUGAUCCAUUGAUGGUGCGGCCCACUGGACCAAACCAAAUUGUGAACAGAAUGCAGAACCCUGCUGGAAUGAACCCAUUUAAUCAAAUGCAGCCCUUGGGACAGAGAUCCACUCCUCCUCUUCCACUUAACCAGAUGCCUAUGGGGCCUACAAGGAUGGCACCACCUAAUGUUGCACAAAUGCAAAAUCAGUAUCAUCCAUCUGGCCAGUUUCAAGUUUCAAGUCCUGUGGUUUCUAGUGGGCCGGCUGGUGUGACACAGCCCGGCCCUCAGGGUGGUAUGGCUCAGCAUACUCCAAUUAAGACACCACCGUCACUUCCAACCAGUAGUCCUUUAGCUCAGCCUGCCUCUGUUGGGGGAGUUGGUAGUGGGGUGUCUGUGGGCAAUCUAGGCCCCAAUAAUGGGGUUGGAGGGCCUCCAUCAUCCACCCCAUCCCAGUCUAUCGGUCUCUCCAAUUGUCCGGCUGUCCGGCAGAGCUCUCCCUCUCCAGCACGCAGCCGCACACCUACUCCACACCUCACACCACCUCCAAGCCUACCAGGUUCACAGACUCCACAGCCUCACACCCCCAGUUUGCCCCUCCUAAACCUGGGUGCCAGUCAGCAGCAGCUACCUCAGCCUGCUAACAAUGAUAAAGCCAUGCAGCUACAGCAGCCAUUAGGAGGGGCUCCAUCAACACCAAACACUGCUCUUGUGUCUCAGCAUCCUCCAACUCCACUAUCUCAGAAAGGCUCUCUGCCAGUAGAUGGCCAGGUUGCUACUCCUGCUUCUGUCAGCAGUUCUGAGGCAUCCUCCCAGAAGGUACCCUCCGAUGCUACUGCCACCCUUGAACCAAAGGCAGAGCAUGAGGAAGAGGAGGAUGAGGCAGAUGAGGAACAGUCAAUGAUGGGAGGUAGAACUGGAAUCAAAGGAGAGAUAAAGAUUGAGGAAAAGCGUGAGAUAAAGAAGGAAGAGACAUCGAGUGAGAUAUGUAAAAGUAUUCCUAUGGAAACAUCUAUGGCAGCAGGGGAGGACAAAAAACCUGAACUGAAGUGUGAGCCUAAAGAGGAAGAUGUUGGUUCUGGCACCACCAGCACUCCAGCUGUUGUACCUAAUAAAAAGAAAAUCUUCAAACCUGAGGAGUUGAGACAGGCCCUAAUGCCCACACUGGAGUCUCUCUAUCGUCAGGACCCUGAGUCUCUCCCUUUCCGCCAGCCUGUGGAUCCAUCCCUUUUGGGAAUACCUGAUUAUUUUGACAUUGUAAAGAAUCCUAUGGACUUGUCGACUAUAAAACGCAAACUUGACACAGGCCAGUAUCAGGAGCCAUGGCAGUAUGUGGAUGACAUCUGGCUUAUGUUCAACAAUGCCUGGCUCUACAACCGCAAGACUUCCCGGGUGUACAAGUACUGCUCCAAACUAGCUGAAGUGUUCGAGCAAGAGAUAGACCCUAUCAUGCAAAGUCUUGGUUAUUGCUGUGGCAGAAAGUGGGAAUUCUCCCCUCAAACUCUGUGCUGCUAUGGCAAGCAGCUUUGCACUAUACCACGAGAUGCUGCUUACUUUAGUUACCAGAACAGUUCACCAAAAUAUGGACUUCUUGCUGACAGGUACCACUUCUGUGAGAAGUGCUUCAACGAGAUCCAGGGUGAAAGCGUGUCCCUAGGCGAUGACCCAUCCCAGCCGCAGACAUCAAUUAACAAGGACCAGUUUGAAAAGAAGAAGAAUGACACACUUGACCCUGAGUUAUUUGUGGAAUGUAUGGACUGUGGGCGUAAAAUGCAUCAGAUCUGUGUUCUGCACAACGACACUAUUUGGCCUACAGGAUUUGUUUGUAGCGAGUGUCUGAAAAAAUCCAACAGAACCCGGAGAGAGAAUAAAUAUUGUGCUAAAAGGCUGCCCCAGACUAAACUGGGAAACUACUUAGAAGUUCGUGUUAAUGACUUUCUGAAGCGACAAAACCACCCAGAAUCUGGUGAAAUCACUGUUCGUGUUGUCCACGUCUCAGAAAAGGUGGUAGAAGUCAAACCAGGAAUGAAAUCCAGAUUUGUAGACAGUGGUGAGAUGCCAGAGUCCUUCCCAUAUAAAUCAAAAGCUCUGUUUGCCUUUGAGGACAUUGAUGGUGCAGAUGUCUGCUUUUUUGGCAUGCAUGUGCAGGAAUAUAGCUCAGAUUGUCCACACCCUAAUCAAAGACGGGUAUACAUAUCCUACUUGGACAGUGUUCACUUUUUUCAGCCACGGAGUUUAAGAACAGCAGUAUACCAUGAGAUUCUUAUUGGGUACCUGGAGUAUGUCAAAAGAUUAGGGUUUACUACAGGCCAUAUUUGGGCUUGCCCUCCCAGUGAAGGAGAUGACUACAUCUUCCACUGCCACCCAGCAGACCAAAAGAUACCCAAACCUAAGCGAUUACAGGAGUGGUACAAGAAAAUGCUGGAUAAAGCUGUGGCAGAGCGCAUCGUACAUGAUUACAAGGACAUCUUCAAGCAAGCCACAGAGGAUCGUCUCACUAGUGCCAAAGAGUUGCCUUAUUUUGAGGGUGACUUUUGGCCCAAUGUGCUUGAAGAGAGCAUUAAGGAGUUGGAACAGGAGGAAGAGGAGAGAAAACGGGAGGAGAACAGUACUUCCAUUGAAAGUGUAGAUACUACAAAGGGUGACAGCAAGAACGCCAAGAAAAAGAACAAUAAAAAGACGAGCAAGAACAAGAGCAGUCUGAGCCGAGCCAACAAAAAGAAACCAGGGAUGCCAAAUGUGUCAAAUGACCUAUCUCAAAAGCUUUAUGCCACCAUGGAAAAGCAUAAAGAGGUUUUCUUUGUCAUCCGGCUGAUGGCAUCCAAUUCCAAUGCUCUUCCACCAAUCAUGGACCCUGAUCCAUUAAUGGCAUGUGACCUGAUGGAUGGGCGAGAUGCUUUUCUUACACUGGCACGGGACAAACACCUGGAGUUUUCAUCAUUGAGGCGGUCCAAAUGGAGUUCCAUGUGUAUGCUAGUAGAGCUGCACAACCAGAGCCAAGAUCGAUUUGUGUAUACAUGUAAUGAAUGCAAACACCAUGUUGAAACACGCUUCCACUGCACUGUAUGUGAGGAUUAUGACCUUUGCAUCACUUGCUACAAUAUAAAGGGUCAUGAGCACAAAAUGGAGAAGCUGGGCCUGGGUCUGGAUGAUGAGAGUAACAACCAAACUGCAGCAUCCAUGCAGAGUCCUGGUGACUCACGCCGUCUUAGCAUUCAGCGUUGCAUUCAAUCCCUUGUACAUGCUUGCCAGUGCCGCAAUGCCAACUGCUCACUUCCAUCCUGUCAGAAGAUGAAAAGAGUGGUCCAACACACCAAGGGCUGCAAGCGCAAAACCAAUGGAGGUUGCCCUAUUUGCAAGCAGCUUAUUGCACUUUGUUGUUACCAUGCUAAACACUGCCAAGAGAACAAGUGUCCUGUGCCUUUCUGCCUAAACAUCAAGCAGAAACUGCGUCAACAGCAGCUACAACACCGGGUUCAGCAGGCGCAGAUGCUUCGGAGAAGGGUGGCUAGCAUGCAAAGAACAGGCCAACCACUUACUGUGGGAAAUGAAGGGUUGCCAUCACCCAGCAACAAUGGUACUACUGGCCCUGGGACCCCCACACAAAGUACUCAGUCUCCUGCCUUACAGCCACCCACUCAGCAAUGUCCAAAUUCUGUUCCCCAGCCUGGGGUUGCAGGUGGUCCCCAUCAGCAGCAGCAGCAACUUACAGGAAUUGUGCAGCAGCAUAUUCAAUUCCAGCAGCUACCUGGUGGUGGUGGUGGUGGUGGUGGUGGUGGGAUGAUGAACUCUCCACAGCAACAGGUGGUUCAACAACAACCACCAUCACUGCAGCCACCCUCAGUGCAGCAGCUUCAGCAUCCCAACAGCCUUCCUCCAUAUGUGCAGAGACCUCCGGGUUCCUCUACACUUUCUCAGUCUAUGGGGAAACCUGGCAUGGGCCCAGCCAAUCUGCCACAGCAACAACAUUCAGUCCCUGCACAGUCAGCAUUUCCGUCACAGCAGUCCUCUGGUCCUCCACCUGCAGCCUUGGAAAUGGCCCUGAAGAUUCAGCGAGUGGCAGAGACUCAAAGGCAAUUGGCAAAACAGAAAAGCCUACAGAUGAAUCAAGGACCAGGGAUGAUGGCACCACACACAUUGCAUCAAGGCCAUCAGACCUCAAACCCAAUGGGUAUAAAUCCUGGAGCAGGGAUGGUGGGGACCCAGGGAUUAAACCCCCAGGCACAAUCCAUUAUACCCAGGGUGCAAAUGGAGCAACAGCAAGGUGUUGUAGGAGCUGGCCAGCAGCAACAAGGAGGGCCUCAAAAUCAGCUUUCUCCUCAGGUGCAAAUGCCACAAGCUUCACAGGGUGGGCCUCAACUCCAGCCUCCACAGCAGAGGGGAACCCCGGGCAUCAGCCCUCAGCAGCGACUUGGAAUGUUGAGUCAAAUGGGUCAUGCAGGAAUGGUUGCUGGGCAACAACCACAGCAGGCUGGGCAACAACAGCAGCAUCAGCUUCCCCAACAACAGGGUCAACCAGGAGUGAUGGGUAUGAUGGGUGGCCCAGGUGGUGCUACAAACCCAGGUACUGGCAGUGGAGGUCUCCUUCAGAGUGCCUUGCAAGACCUUCUUAGAAUUCUGCGUUCCCCCAGUUCCCCCCAUCAACAGCAACAGGUCCUGAAAAUAUUGCGUUCAAAUCCUCAGCUUAUGGCAACAUUUGUUAAGCAGCGUGUGCCAAAAUACCUUGGAAGAGGUGGGCCUGGGGCUGGAGGUGCAGGCCCAGCAGGCAUGGAAAGCCCGCAAAUAAAUGUAAAUACAGGGGGCAGUCAACCAGGUAUGCACUUGGGCCAAGGGACCGGGAUGCCCCCCACAAACGUGCUUCAGCAGCAACAACAACUUCAGCAGCAGCAGCAACAACAACUUCAGCAGCAGCAGCAACAACAACUUCAGCAGCAGCAGCAGCAACAACUUCAGCAGCAGCAGCAGCAGCAACAACUUCAGCAGCAGCAGCAGCAGCAACAACUUCAGCAGCAGCAGCAACAACAACUUCAGCAGCAGCAGCAACAACUUCAGCAGCGUUCACUUAUGGGUGUGAAUAUGCAGCAGCAACAUGGUGUUAUGCCAGGUCAAGGCUCAAACAUGGCAAAUAUGUCUCCCCAGUUCAAAGAAUUAAUGAGGAAACAUUUGCUGCAGCAGCAGCAGCUGCAGCAGCAGCAGAUGGGAAACCUCAGUCAGUUCCAGCAUCCCCAAACACAACAGCAGCAAAGUUAUCUUGGCCAGCCUGGGAUGCUACCACAGCAGCCAGGUCAAGCUCAUGCUGGUGGGCUUCCGCAACAGCAAGGAGGACCGCAGGCUGGGCUGCAACAGAAUUAUUCUGGACCCAUGUCUCCGCAGGUGGCAGCAGCUUUACAACAGAGGUUGCAACAACAACAGCAGCAGCAGCAACAAAAUGCCAUGGGUGGGUACCAAGGAAGUGAUGGUAGUUCACUUCAGCAGCAGCAGCUACAGCCCCCUCAAUGUGGUUCUCAGUCUUCCCAGUCUCUUAUUCAGCAAUCACUGCACCAAAGGCUUCUCCAACAGCAACAGCAACAGCACCUAGGUGGUGGCUCUCCUGCUCAUCAUAAUAAUCCCAUGAGUCCUCAACAACCAAUAUCCCAGUCUCCACAUUUACAAGGCCAACAACUCUCCACUUCUCUCAGUAACCAAGUGCGGUCACCCCAGCCAUCACCGCGACCCCAGUCUCUACCACCGAAUUCUAGUCCAUCUCCUCGCAUGCAACCCCAGCCUUCACCGCACCGCAUCUCUCCCCAAACAGGCUCUCCACACCCUGGUCAUCUUCCCUCACAUCACACUGGCAUGGUAGCACCUCCACAACAACCACAGCAGCCAACGCAACAGCAACAGACUAAUGCUUUGGACCAAUCCCCCUUUGUGUCUGACCAGAAUGCCAUGCUUUCGCAGCUUGGUGGAAUGGGGCCCCUGCAUGGGCAAGGAACUAAUGACAUGCUAGCUGGCAACAACCAAGACAUGGGGACAAAUAUUAAUCACGGCUCAUUAGAUUUAAUGUAGCAUUAGUCCUCAAAACACUUAACAGGAAUGGGUUGCAAUUUUUAAAUAUACUGUUGCCCUCAUUAGUGUUAUUAUUUAAUAUUUUUGAUGUAAAUGAAAAGACUACACCUUCCUAUGGGAGAUUUACUACAUUAAAUGAGCAAAUUAAUAAAUUAAAUGAAUGGUAAGUUAUUGCUGUUAAUAUAUGCAUAUAUAUUUUUAGCCAAUUGUGUUCAAAGGGUUCUGGGUGAAAGGAUGGUAAUAUUCUCCUUGGUAUUUGACAAGUACUAUUUUUGGGGAUGACUGCCUUUUUAUAAAUAUUUUUUUAAGAUUUUAAAUGCAUAAAAUUAAAGAGAAAAAAGUGUUAAAACAUUUAAAUCUUUGUUGUUUUUCCCUCCAUACACAUUCAAUAUUGUGCCCAUUUUGAAAGUGUUAACUACCAUCAGCAGUUGUUUUUCUUCGUUCUUGUGUUCAGAUUAAAUCCCUACAGUGGCCCCCUACUGGACCACUAUUGGCAUGUUCUGCUUAAAGUGGCUACAAUUUUGUAAUCUAUGUAUUUCUAUUUCCAAGAAAGAAAUGGAUAACUUUAUAUGCGUGAAAAUCGCAGUGUCCCUUUUUUUCCCCCGAUGACAGAUUGCAUGGGAAAAGUUUGUCAUUUGAUGCAUGUCAUGGUUUUCCCAAUACCAUAGACCCGGUCAUUUGAAUGUGUAUUACAUUCUUUCAUUUUGUGUUUUUAUAAAUGGAAUGGUACUAGAACUGCUGACACUACAUAUGUGCUAUAAUCAUAGGACACAGUGCAGUAAUUUCUACCAUGAAUCUUAAACUCUGAUGAGGGAACUUUUUGAUUUAUCAAGAAAGCAAUCUUGACAGACUUGAUGUCCUUACUCCUCCUCUCUACAGGAAGAAACUAUUUUCCUGACUCUCUGCUUUUUGAUGCUCAGACUUUUGGCAUUUUAAUUGUCUUUUUCCUACUGUCUAAAGAAAUUCUGGACUUCAGUACCUUUUUUUUUUUUUUUUUUUUUUUUUUGUAGUAAAUUGUAAAUGAAACUGGAUAGUCAAGUCCAACAAUUUUGUAUUUAUGUUUUCCUUCUCAUUUAAGCUCAAGGGACUUGAGCCUUUAGGGCAGCUUGGAGCAUGUAGGCUCAAUAUGAAGAUUUGAUAUGGGUGAUAUAAGAUUUCAUGGGUGGGUUGUUUUGUCAGACCAAUAUUAUUUUUAAAUAGAAAAUGUGUGCACUAACAAGGCACUGCUGGUUCUCUCUGUCUUUACAUUGCACACAAACACACUGUGGAGGGCACCUACUGUCCAUUUUUAGAUAGUAAGAGAGGUAAAAUGAAUAUGAAAGAUCGCAAACUCAAAUUUCCUGGUUUCCCCAAUUCUUCACAAGUUUAACUGGUAAAGUUAGCAUGACCUGACCUGAAAAGUGGCAAUAUGGUGUGAGACUUAUUUUAUAAAAAUACUUGUCUUUUUAUAUAUAGAGAGAGGGAGCGAGAGAGAGAGAGAGAGAGAGAGAGAGAGAGAUUAUUUAAUUUAAUUUUUGGAAUAAAAAAAAACUUGAAGCAAGAGCUGAUAAAUUACAAUUUUUAAAAGAUGUAAUGGUGAUGCAAAAUGACACUGUCAUACCUUAUACAUCCCACUUGGGGACUGCUGAGAAAUGUUUUGAUUAAAUGUCUUAUACAUGCAUAUAUGAAUAUAUACAUAAUGAUCCACUGUACAAAACAAACAUUUUUGUUUUGAUUUUUUUUUUGUGUGUGGGGAUCCCCCCUCCCUUUUUUUUUCUUUCCUCUUUCCUUUUCUUUCUUUUAUUUAUUUUUUUGUUUUUUUUUUUCUGAAGGAGGAGGAUAAAAAGAUGUGGACUGGACAAAGACCAUGUGAUUUUGUUAAAGUUUUGACCACUUUUCUCUUGCUAACAGUUUUUGGUGCUUGCUGAGAGCAGCAAAAAUAUUUGAUUCUCUGGUUUCAAAAAAUGUUUAAGUUAUUUUUGUGGUUAUAUUUUUUCCAAUUAUUUAAUUGUACAUUAAAGUAUGUUUGUACCAAUGGAAA